AUGCGGUCUUUAUUUGUUCUUCAGAGACGAACUGUUGCUCAAUUGGCGCAUUUCCAGCCUCCGAAGCACGUGAAAAACGAGGCAGUCAAGGCCUUUGGCAAGGCUGACCAGUUGGACUGGGACCUGUUGAAAAGCGAGCUGUUUUCGCUGUCAGACACGGCCACCAAGGUUCCGCUGGUGAUUGGCGACAAGGAGUUCUACGACAGAGAUCUGGCCAAACAAACGAACCCGGGAAACCACCAGCAGGUGAUUGCAGAGUACGCUUUGGCCAACGAGAAAGACGUCAAAUCGGCGAUCGAGGCUGCUCAGUCUGCCAAGAAGGACUGGAUCAACGCAUCUUUCGACGACAGAGCGGCCAUUUUCUACAAGGCGGCCGAUCUGAUCUCGACAAAGUACAGAUACCGCAUUUUGGCAGCCACCAUGCUCGGCCAGGGAAAAAACGUUUACCAGGCGGAAAUCGAUGCUGUUGCAGAAUUGGCCGACUUUUUGCGUUUCAACGUCAAAUACGCUCACCAAUUGUACAACACACAGCCGCCAGAGUCCACCGACGGUGUUUGGAACCGGGUCGAGUAUAGACCGUUGGAAGGAUUUGUUUAUGCUGUGACUCCGUUCAAUUUCACAGCCAUUGCCGGAAACCUGGUGGGGGCUCCAGCUUUGAUGGGUAACACGGUUGUCUGGAAACCAUCCCAGUACGCCAUCUUGUCCAACUACACGCUUAUGCAAAUCUUCAAAGAAGCAGGACUCCCUGACGGAGUGAUCAACUUCAUUCCUGGCGACCCGGUGAAAAUCACCUCUGGUGUACUUUCCGACCCAAACUUCAACGCUUUGCAUUUCACAGGGUCCACCAAGGUUUUCGGCGAUCUGUGGGCCAACAUCGCCAACAACACAGCCAGCGGAAAGUACAAGGACUUCCCAAGAAUCGUUGGAGAAACAGGCGGAAAGAACUUCCAUUUGGUGGACAAGUCUGCCAACAUCCAGCACUCUGUUCUGUCCACUAUCCGUGGAGCUUUCGAGUACCAGGGCCAGAAAUGCUCUGCAACCUCGAGAUUGUACGUGGACGCCAAGGUGUGGCCCGAGUUCAAGAAACAGCUUGUUGAAAAGACCAAUGACAUCGUGCCAACUAAUACCUCUGCUACCAACGGUCUGCACCAGUUCAUGGGUCCUGUGAUCCACGAGAAUUCGUAUAAGAAAUUGAGCACCGCCAUUGACCAGAUCGAGGUCGAUCCAGAGCUCACUUUGCUUGCCGGUGGUCUCCACAACGACUCCGAAGGCUACUUCGUCAAGCCUACUGUUGUCGAGACUAAAAAUGCUACCCAUCCGUUCAUGAGCACCGAAUUCUUUGGUCCUCUGUUGACGGUGUACGUUUACGAGGACCUGGACCAGGUUCUGCAACAGAUCGACUCCACCACCAAGUACGGACUCACGGGUUCCGUUUUUGCUUCCGACCGCAAAAUCAUCAGAAAAGUCCAGGAACAACUCAGAUACAGUGCUGGAAACUUUUACAUCAACGACAAGUCCACCGGCGCAGUUGUUGGACAGCAGCCUUUUGGCGGUAGCAGAAUGUCUGGAACCAACGACAAGGCUGGCUCGGCGUCGAUUCUGUCGCGGUUCGUGACUCCGCGCGCCAUCAAGGAGAACUUCUACGAGAUCAGCGAUUACAAAUAUCCAAGUAAUUAUCAAUAA